AUGACAGAAGCUGUGCUUAUUACAAGCAAAAAACAGGUGGAGACGAUCAAGCUGCAUGUCGGUGAGUACGAGCUCACAUCACAGUCGUUCAUUCGGUACUUGGGAGUGAUAAUCGAUACCCGAUCGAGCUUCAAGCAGCCGGCAGAGCACGCGAGUUCCAAGGCGUCUGGAGUUAGAACUGCCGUAUCCCGACUCAUGCUUAAUGUGGGAGGACCAAAGCAGAGGAGAAGAGCCCUACCGUCAUCGGUCAUCAGAUCGGUGAUUACUUAUGGCAUUGCCAUAUGGGCCGACACGCUGUUGAUGCAGGAAUCACGGUGGAAAGUAGCAUCAGUCUAUCGGCUGAGCGUCCCCAGAGUUGCCAGCGCAUACCGUACCGUGUCCGAAGACGCAGCGUGUGUCAUCACCGCGAUGCUGCCCAUUGAAGUACUCGCUGUUGAACGAAGAUCCACUUACCGGCAGAAACGAUCGACCAAACUAAGCUCAGUAGAAGUAGAUGUCUGCCUGAACCGACAACACGGAGAGGUCAACUACUACCUGACCCAGAUGGUUUCAGGGCAUGGGUCCUUCCGGGAAUAUCUUCAUAAAUUCAAAUAUGAGGAUUUCUCGAGGUAUCCUACCCACAUAGAAGUGGACAAAAACGCGGACCACGUAUUUUUUACCUGCCCCCGCUUCAGCGAGAUCCGGAUUACUUGCGAGUCUGACCUGGGAAGGAAGUUAUUACCUGGGAAUUUGUUGGAGGUUAUGGUGUCGACGCAGGCAACGAGUAACUUCGCGGCUGAACUCAUGAAGGAGCUCAGAAGUGAAGAACGCGCAGGGCUGCAGAAUAGACGAAGAAGCUAG